CAAAGAAAAGGCCCCAGGGGAGGCAGAAGGGGUGUGAGUCAGAACCUGAACUCUCAAUCUUGCGCGACCCUCCCACCAUCUCUCUCUCUCUCUCUCCUGAAUUGGUGUUGUUUGUGAGCUCGGAAAAAGCUCGGCAAUGGCGGCUGUAUGGAGAGCAAAGGUACCCCCAAACUCAGCAAAUCUAGAAGAAGCUAGAAAACGAGUAUUCGAUUUCUUCAAAUUAGCCUGCAGAUCACUUCCUAAAGUCAUGGAUAUCUACAAUCUCGACGAUGUCGCCACCAUCUCUCAGCUUCGAUCCACCAUCGCCUCUCAGCUCCGUAAGAAUGCCCACAUCAAAGACCCUAAGGUGAUCGACAUGCUAAUCUUUAAAGGGAUGGAGGAACUAGAAAACAUUGUGGAACAUUCAAAGCAGCGUCAUCACAUGAUUGGUCAAUAUGUUGUGGGACACCACGGACUUGUUCAGGAAAUGGGUACCAAAGAGCAGGGUCUCUCCCCUUUCCUUAAGAACUUCUACAAAAGCAACUAUCUCUGAACCAUUCUCGUUGUUGCUCGUCGUGGAACAUUCCAAUAAGAACAAUGUUGUAGUAAAAUUUCUUACUGCCGGGAAUAUAAAUUCUCUUUUUGGUCUUUUGUAUUAUGAAAGAUGCCUGGUCUAAGUUGAUUUUCUUAGAAUUGCCAUUGCCAUUGCCAUUGCCAUCAAUAGUACCAGAAAGAAAUGUAAUUUUUUUUUUUUUUUGUCAGGAGCCUUUAUUUUCCCCCUUUUGCUUAGAAUCCUGGGAUUCUGGAUAAAAUGAAGACAGGAGUUAGUGUGUGGGGCAAUAAGUUUCAAGAGCUUUUCAAUCUGUUGGUGGAAAUAAUUAUAUACCCCAUGAUUCUUAGAGCAUAAUUUCAUGUGCUUAAUUGGCAUAGAAUUAUGGUA